CAGCAGCAUAACUGGGCAGCAAGUAAGUGUUGUUCUAGGUGAGUAUUCCUCCACUGCCCACAGGAUGGCUGCAGGAAAAGACACUCGUCUACUCUUUCCUAAGCUCACCAACAACUACUCUGAUGAGAGCUGCUGCAGACCAGUUACCAAGUACAAGGACAUCCAUUUGCCACGGUUUUCGCUAAAGCAAGGGCUGAUCCCAAGACAUUACAUUAUGCCUUGGAAACAAAAUAUGAAAUUCAGGAAUCUGAAUCUGAAGCAGGCAGAAGCAUCCGGAAUCUACACUGGUCCAUUAGAGGACUCUCUGUUUCUGAACCACAGUGAGAGGCUUUGCCACGGUGAGGACCGACAGAUUGUCUUGAAAAAAGGCCCCCCAGAAAUAAAAAUUGCAGAUCUGCCUCUGCACUCACCUCUCUCCAGAUACCAGAGCACCGUGAUCUCCCACGGCUUCCGGAGGAGACUUGUCUGAUGAAAGAAGAAUAAAUCAAGUCUUUCCUC